GGGAAAGAUGGCGGCAGCUGUGAGACCCUCUUGGUGGCGGCGGUGGCGGCUGCGCGCGUGGGCUCGGGACGGGGCCAGGCUAUUGCUCCUUCUCCUUUUGUUGGGGUCUGUGCAGGGGCCGUGGCACGUCAGGGCGGGCCAAGCGGUGGAGUACUUGAAACGGGAGCACUCGCUGUCGAAGCCCUACCAGGGUGUGGGAACAAGCAGUUCUUCGCUGUGGAACCUGAUGGGCAAUGCCAUGGUGAUGACCCAGUAUAUCCGCCUCACUCCAGAUAUGCAAAGUAAACAGGGUGCCUUGUGGAAUCGGGUGCCAUGUUUCCUGAAAGACUGGGAACUGCAGGUGCACUUCAAGAUCCACGGACAAGGGAAGAAGAAUCUGCAUGGAGAUGGCUUGGCAAUCUGGUACACAAAGGAUCGAAUGCAGCCAGGGCCUGUGUUUGGAAACAUGGACAAAUUUGUGGGGCUGGGAGUGUUUGUAGACACCUAUCCCAAUGAGGAGAAGCAGCAAGAGGCCCAGAAGAGGCGCUAUUCUCCAGGAGUCCAGCGGGUAUUCCCCUACAUCUCAGCCAUGGUGAACAACGGCUCCCUCAGCUAUGAUCAUGAGCGGGAUGGGCGGCCCACAGAGCUUGGGGGCUGCACAGCCAUUGUUCGCAAUCUCCGUUAUGACACCUUCCUCGUGAUUCGCUAUGUCAAGAGGCACCUGACGAUAAUGAUGGACAUUGAUGGCAAACAUGAGUGGAGGGACUGCAUUGAGAUGCCUGGGGUCCGGCUUCCCCGGGGCUAUUACUUCGGCACUUCCUCCAUAACCGGGGAUCUCUCUGAUAAUCAUGAUGUCAUUUCCCUCAAGUUGUUUGAGCUGACGGGGGUGAGGACCCCAGAAGAAGAAAAGCUACAUCGAGAUGUAUUCCUGCCCUCAGUGGACAAUCUGAAGCUGCCUGAGAUGACGGUACCACCAGCACCCCUGAGUGGCCUGGCCCUCUUUCUUAUCGUCUUUUUCUCACUGGUGUUUUCUGUGUUUGCCAUUGUCAUUGGUAUCAUACUCUACAACAAAUGGCAGGACCAGAGUCGAAAACGCUUCUACUGAGCCUGCUGCCAUCAUCCCCUCUAUGAUGUUCACCCAUGAGGUGUGGGUCUGAGCAUACAGCCUGGCAAGUCUGCUUGAGUCGCCAGUUGUUCAGGGACCGUGUUCCAUCACUGGGGCUCUGAAUGCACUGACCCUGCAUUCUCAUGGUCAUCCACGGGAACAUCUCACUGGCCCCAGACACCACCCACAGGGCCGAGCAGCUGUGAUGUGCCUUCCCUGCAGUCCUUACACUUAGGAGUGAAGAGACAUGGAAAAAAUAUAUAUUGUGAUGCUUAAAUUACAAAAAUCGGAUAGCUACCCUAAGGAUAGACUGGAUGCAGCAGGCCUUCUACUUCUUUUAAAUUUCCAAAUAGAAAACCAGAACUCAUAUAACCUGGAAACCCACUUAUUAGUUUUUGCUUCUGCCCAUGGCUCUUUCUACUUGAGCUUCUUGGCAAUCGGGAUGGAGAUAUCUGCCUCUCUGUGUCCCUUCACUCGUCCUCCGUGUGUGCAUCCUGAGCUAGGAAAGAAGUCUGCUGCUCUGCAUUAGCUCCUUGCUUCAGCCUCUGGUCUGCGCUGGGUGGAUCUUGUUCCAUUCCUGUCUAUCCCUGCAUCUUCAGCUUUCCUAAUUGGAGCUCUCCAGGCCUUUGGAUCAUUUGGCUAAAAGUUGUUACAAAUGAAGUGAAGCUUAGACACCGUCACAAUCACAGAUGCCGUGAGAUUAGCUGUGACAUCAUCUAGGCCCAGGUGUGCCACAGAAAGCUGCAUUCGUCUCCUCUGACCACGCGGAGGUGUUUCUGGACCCACUGGAGCCUGCUUAGCUGCAUGUUUUGUUUCUCAUGAUUCUUAGGAUCUUGCUUGGAGGAUUUGAAGUGGAAAGCAGCUCCUUAUUCCCUGGACUUAGACAUGACCCCAAGAGGAGAUUUGGCUUCUUAAUGAGGAGCAACAGUUGCUGAUUUCAUGUAACAAAUCUCUGAGAGCAAAAGACCUUCGUUCUCUGUCUGGCAAAGUCCUGAUCACUGAGCAGCACAGCUUGAGUGUGGUCCUAUAUGUGUGUCACCCCUAUUACACUGCCUUAUUCUACAAAUGUCACAUGCUGCUCACCUAUCUGCCCUGUGAUUAAAUUGGUUACAGGCUAGUCUCCUUGGAGGGCCUGAAACUGAGUUUUCUGGGUCUUUGAAGCCCAAGGAAAAUUCUUAAAGUGACUGAUGGAACCAAUCAUGAGUCCUGGCUCAGUGGCCUUCUUCUGGGGUAGGCUUAGUGGGGAGGCGCCAGCCUGUUUUCUGAGCCUCAGAUAUAUCAGCUCUUACCCUGUCCCUCCUGGGUGACUGGGAAAGUCCUCAUGCUCAUCCCUAGACUAGGAGGAGGGGUCACUUUGGCUGCAGAUGGGUGUUCAUCUUCUUAGGCCUCUGUCUUUCCUGUGUGUUUAAGCAGGAUACUAUGUUGCCCUUCUGCAAGAGAGAGGAAGUGCAGAGAGCCCCCUCUUAACAAUUUCCCACAAUAGCAGAAUAGCUCAGGGGAGCUAGGGGAUGAACUGGGAUAUAGAGGUUGGCUUUAAUACCAGGAGAAUGUCAAGAAAUUAAGUUAGUUUUGUCCACUUUGAGUCCAAAGGGAAGGCGGAGGGGUGGGUGUGGUUGUGGACCUAAGUGAGCUGUUGAGAAGACUACCAUAGCAGUGGGAUUGAAGGAUUUGAUCACGGAGGAGUGAGAGAUAGCAUGGGUUGGGUUUGUGUGAUUCCUGCUCAUGAGCACCUGGAUGCCUUGAAAGAAGGCCAGAGGAUUGAUCUGUGGUCCCAACAUAGCCUGGGAACUAGUCUUUUCCCAUUUGAGAAAUGUAUAAGAAAACUGCCUGUGCCGGGCAAUGAUGGUACACGUCUUUAAUCCUAGCACCCAGAAGGCAAAGGCAAGUGGAUCUCUGAGUUCAAGGCCAGCCUGGUCUAUACAGCAAGUUCUAGGACAGCUGUGACUACACAGAGAAACCCUGUUGCGGCAAACAAAAACAAACGGAGGGAGGGAGGGAGAGAAACCACCUGCUCAGCAUCAUGCAUCCUGCCCCAGCUCUUGCUUUUGUUGCAGAAACAAUGAUUUCUGUGGCGAGUAAGGCUAUUUCUCUGGGCAUUGUAACUCCAGAGUGUGUACUGGAUGAGGUAGUGCCUGGUCCCUGGUGUGGCUCUAGUGCACUCGUACUUGGGUAUAUGCCAUGGCCUCAGCAUAGGACUCAACAGUUAACCCUUCCCUUAUUUUCUCUGUCCCAGGACUAGAUGGGGUGACUAAAUGUGGCAUCGUUCCCCAAGUCUCAAAUAAAGACCUGGCAUUUUCAGCCUUUCACAUUGUCUUUAAUCCCAACCCCCAAGUUCCAAGGUAACUUUGUUAGAUAAACAUAUUUAUUUUGGUAGAAAAUUAACAGCUCUGCUCUUGUGAGAAGUGGUCUCUAAACAUUUGAGUCAGAAUACGCACGGUCCCUUGGACGUGUCCUUGAAGACUCAAACAAGGAUCUGCUAGGAAGCCGAAAGGAUAGGGUGCUUGCUCGGCAGGUGAGAGAGAAGUCAGGUCACCUAGCCUUGUGGAGCUGGCAUCUCUGGGAUGACAUCUCUCAUUUGUCUCCUGGAUCCUUGGAGGAACGUUGGCCCGUGGUCUUUUAAAGGAUGUAGUUUCGAGCCGUCCAUGCUAAAGACGGAAGAGUUGAUCCUGCUGGUGUUUACUGAGCCGAUGAGGUUGACGAUUUUAAUGGGGGGGUUCAGCCGAAGUUCAGGUUUGAUCCAGGCCAUGGCCAAAUAGUUCUAGAGAGAGAAGAGAUACCAGAGUAGCCUAAAGUAGAAACCUAAGUGUACUCUCAGAGCGGACACAAGAGUGGCCAGUGCCUUUGUCCUUUCCCCAGUGGUUAGCACUCACCGGAGCCGAAUAGACGAAGUUGAACAGUAUAAUCCCUACAGCCAGUAUCACUGAAAGGCAUAUGAUUUUGUAGCGGUAGCGUUUGCAGAAAACAUAGCAGAAGUUUUUAAUAGGUGACCGGUACCACAAAAGAGAGGAGUCAUUUCGUCUGCCCAUGACAGUGGAUGCCAGAGAAUGGAAGGCAAGAGGAACCUUCAGAUCAAGUGACCCACAGCCUUUGGUCUUUUCUGUAACAGGUUGGGGAGCCCCUUAUACCCAACCCCAUGUCUUAUUUCCUGACUAUAGCUUAGCCAUGUAGGAGGAAGUAACUCUCCCUUUCCACAUGGAGGCCAACCAGUCACCACCACAAAGGGGGAGGAAUGAUGGGCUUGGUGCCUGUGCCUCACAGGGCCCUUACAUG